UAGAGGUGGAGGUAGGUAACACACGGAUGAAAGUCAACCGGAGAUUCAGCCUCCGUCCCUGGAAAGGAAUAUAACAAUGGGCAACUCCGACUCCAAAUUGCGUUUUAGAAAAGCGGUGAUACAGCUUACAACAAAAACACAGCCCGUGGAGGCCACGGACGACGCCUUCUGGGACCAGUUCUGGGCCGACACCACCACCACCAUCCAGGACGUGUUCGCUCUGGUGCCGGCCGCAGAGAUCCGAGCCGUCAGAGAGGAGUCCCCCUCCAACCUGGCAACCCUCUGCUACAAGGCCGUGGAGAAGCUGGUGCAGGGCGCGGAGUCGGGCUGCCCCACGGAGAAGGAGCGGCAGAUUGUGCUGAACUGCGCUCGCCUCCUCACCCGCGUGCUGCCCUACAUCUUCGAGGACCCGGACUGGAGAGGGUUCUUCUGGUCCACGCUGCCCGGUGCUGGACGGGCCGGGGAGGAUGACGGAGAUGAUGAAGGCGCGAGGCCGCUGGCCGAGUCUCUCCUCGUGGCCGUCGCUGACCUGCUCUUCUGUCCAGACUUCACUGUGCAGAGCCACAAGAAGGCCGGACUGGAUGGCCCAGAGGACAUGGCGUCACUCGACAGCUGUGAAUACAUCUGGGAGGCUGGAGUAGGCUUCGCUCAUUCUCCCCCCUUCAACCACAUUCAUGACAUGAACAGGACGGAGCUGCUGAAACUGCUGCUGACUUGCUUCUCUGAGGCCAUGUACCUGUCCCCCUCCACAGACAUAAACACACUUAACCCCUGGGUCGCCUUCUUCUGCUCAGCAGACAACAGGCACGCGCUCCCUCUCUUCACCUCGCUGCUGAACGUGGUGUGUGCCUACGACCCGGUGGGCUUCGGCGUCCCCUACAACCACCUGCUCUUCUCGGACCACCGCGAGCAGCUGGUGGAGCAGGCCAUGCAGGUGCUCAUGGUGGCCCUGGAGCACGACCUGGCCUCCGUCUCCGCCUCCGCACAGCUGGCCCUGGAGCCCACAGCGCCCUCUACGGAGCUGGAGGAGCAAGAGCCAGUGGGUCCUGACAACCUGUUUGUAAAUUACCUAUCACGGAUUCACAGGGAGGAGGACCUGCACUUCAUCCUGAAGGGUCUGGCCCGUCUCCUGUCCAACCCGCUGCUGCAGACCUACCUGCCCAACUCCACCAAGAAGAUCCAGUUCCACCAGGAGCUGCUCGUGCUCUUCUGGAAGCUCUGCGACUUCAACAAGAAAUUCCUGUUCUUCGUGCUGAAGAGCAGCGACGUGCUGGACAUCCUGGUGCCCAUCCUCUUCUACCUGAACGAUGCCCGAGCCGACCAGUCCCGCGUGGGACUCAUCCAUAUCGGCGUGUUCAUCCUGCUGCUGCUGAGCGGGGAGCGGAACUUCGGCGUGCGGCUGAACAAGCCCUACUCUCUACGCGUGCCCAUGGACAUCCCCGUGUUCACCGGCACACACGCAGACCUGCUGGUGGUGGUGUUCCACAAGAUCAUUACGAGCGGGCAUCAGCGCCUCCAGCCGCUGUUUGACUGCCUCCUCACCAUCGUAGUCAAUGUGUCUCCUUACCUGAAGAGUCUGUCCAUGGUGGCUGCCAACAAACUCCUCCACCUUCUAGAGGCUUUCUCCAACAACUGGUUCCUCUUCUCCUCCACCCAGAACCACCACCUGGUCUUCUUCCUGCUGGAGGUCUUCAACAACAUCAUCCAAUACCAGUUUGAUGGUAACUGUAACCUGGUCUACGCCAUCAUCCGCAAGCGCAACGUGUUCCAUCAGCUGGCCAACCUGCCCUCGGACCCCGCCUCCAUCCAGAAGGCCCUGCAGCGGAGGAAGAAGACCGCCGCCGGCAUCUCUCGUGCCUGCUCCAUGGAAACCAUCUCCAUGGAGGGCUCUCGCCCUGCCAUUCCGGCCGAGCCAGGGACACUUAAGGCCAGCCUCGCAGCCACUCCAGGCAUUGAGAAGCUGACGGAGAAGUCUCAGGUGUCCGAGGACGGUAGCAUCGUGUCCCUGCAGGAGAGGCACUCGUCUCAGCCACAGGCCGACCAGAGCGCCAACGCAGGCGCGGACGCGGCCAGCGACACAGAGUCCAACUCCGGGAGGGACCAUGAGAAUGUUUUCUAUUGCAAAGCUGAGACGGCUCGGAGACGCAUGUCCAGUACGUCAUCUGCUGUGUACUGGGUUCCCACACCAGAAUGGGUCCUCUCUUGGAAGAGUAAACUCCCUCUGCAGACCAUCAUGAGACUGCUGCAGGUGCUGGUUCCACAGGUGGAGAAGAUCUGCAUCGACAAGGGUCUGACCGACGAGUCGGAGAUCCUGAAGUUCCUGCAGCAUGGCACCCUGGUGGGCCUGCUGCCCGUUCCUCACCCCAUCCUCAUCCGCAAGUACCAGGCUAACGUGGGCACUGCCAUGUGGUUCCGCACAUACAUGUGGGGCGUUGUGUACCUCCGAAAUGUGGAUCCCCCAAUUUGGUAUGACACUGAUGUGAAACUCUUUGAGAUCCAGAGAGUCUAGAGGAGGUCUGUUCGCACAGGAGCAAGAGACAUUGGACACAAACAAACGACAGGGACAUUUCCUGUUUGAAAACUCUCAGCCAAUGGCGUCCACCCCAUACCGCUUGAGCUUCCCAAUCAGUGAAAGAGGAGUACAAGUGAAGAGACCUGCUGCCACACCAAACGACCUGGGGGAGGGGAGGCCAUUUUGUUUUGUGACGCCUCAUUGAUAUUUAUGAAUUCUGCAACCAUGAGCUUGCCCUGGAGGCAUGACUGAAUAAACUCUGGAGGCUUUUUUGAGCACUUCCAAUGACA